AAUGGACACCGUUCCUUAUCCAUAGAUGCAUGAACGAUUUUUCACCCAAGUGGACUAACCAUCCAUAAAUCUUCAUACUCACGGGUCCCCCCUUGCACAACCCACUAUUUUACGGAUUCAAGAAUCUGGGCAUACUAAUCUUAAUCGGAUAAUCUGCCAUUUUCAUCCUCUUCAUCUUCCUUCCUUCACUCUUUGCAACAAAAUUCUCCAUUUUCUUCUCUUCAAUCUAUUUAUAGUAAGUGGGAAGUUUGAAGAAGCAUAAAAAUGGCAACUUUAUGUGCUUCAGCCAUUAAUAUGCACCCAAGUCUUACUAAUACUCUCUCUAAUCCUGUUGGUUUAUCAUCAACUUCAUCUAAUUUAUCUUCUCUUCGUUCAACCUUUAUUAAUCCUUCUUCUUUGGGACUUACUGUUGCUGUUAAAAGUAUUCAAUUGCAACCAAAUAAGCAUAAUGUUGUUUGUAUGUCUUGGGAUGGUCCUCUCUCUUCUGUUAAACUUAUCCUUCAAGGUCGUAAUCUUGAGAUGACUGAAAAUGUCAGAAGCUAUGUGGAAGAAAAGGUUGGAAAAUCUGUGAAGAACCAUAGCCAUUUUGUGCGAGAAGUGGAUGUGCGUUUGUCUGCCCGGGGUGGAGAGCUUGGCAAAGGGCCUAAACUUAGAAGAUGUGAGGUCACCAUAUUUACCAAAAAGCACGGAGUAAUUAGAGCUGAGGAAGAUUCCGAAAGUCUCUAUGGAAGUAUCGAUUUGGUAUCCUCGGUUAUACAGAGGAAAUUGAGGAAGAUCAAAGACAAAGUUUCGGAUCAUGGGCGACAUAUGAAAGGUUUUAACCGCUUGAAGGUGAGAGAGCCCGAGCCUAUAAUAGUUACUAAAGAGGAAUCUGUGGAGGAGGAUGUGGAAACAAUAGCUCCUGUUCCUGUCGGAGAUGAGGAGGACCUCAUUGAAGAGAUUGUUCGUACGAAGUACUUUGAUAUGCCACCUCUUACAGUAACUGAAGCAAUCGAGCAGCUCGAGAAUGUUGAUCAUGCUUUCUAUGCCUUCCGAAAUGAAGAAACAGGUAUACCAUCUUUCACUGUUAAAACCGUCAAGGACCCUACUCAACCAAAAGCGCCCAUUGGGCCUCAAGAUAUGUUAUAUACUCUAACAGGCCCCCUCACGCAAGCGCCCAUUGGGCUAGAAGUAUGGAUGCAGCACAUGCCCUCCUCAUACAUGGCACUAAAUAUUCCACUUUAAAUGAGUGGUGAUUGAGAUUUGAAUCCGUGACCUCUUAUUACGUUGACUUCUGAUACCAUGUUAAGAAACCAACUCAACAAAAAGCUUAAGCUGCUAGUUGAGGCAUCAAGAUAUCUUACAUACUAUAACAAAAACUUUGCUUCACUUAACUGCCUCUUAGCCGACUUAGUAUUCCUAAGCUAUCUAUUCACAUUGAUGUAUAGGUGAAAUUAACAUUCUGUACAAAAGGAAAGAGGGAGGAUACGGGCUUAUUAUUCCCAAAGACGGAAAAACAGAAAAGUUGGAACCUUUGCAAGUGCAAGAUAGAGAACCCUCCUUUGCAGAAUAGACUAAUGUCGGUCAUGUUUGGCUCUAAUCGUGCUUUAGAUUCUCCGUUUCUUGUUAAUCGUUCAACAAUCAUGGCUGGAGAUCGUAAAGUGGACUCAAUGGAGAAGUUUUUGGGUAUUUGAGAUUCUCGGUUGUGGUUAUUACUCUUGUUUCGGGAUAUCUUGUUUGUUGCAGCACUGAGUUUGUAUAGAAAACAGAUGUGAAAGAGCAUUAUACUUGUUAGACAAUCUUGUAAAUGCAUGAAUUAGCUGAUUUAAGGUUUAUUUCAUUGUGUA